AGCGAGGGUAGUGUCGUACUGAACGGAGCGACGUACAGCACACAUACAUAAGGACAUUAGGCAAUGGCACAGACGGGCUUUGGGCGAAGAUACUUCAAAGCUUUUGUUAGUGGCUUCUUUGUAGCCGUCCCCGUGACGGUGACUGUUUUAGACCGUCUUGCCUAUGUGGCACGCGUGGAAGGUGCCUCAAUGCAGCCGUCCUUAAACCCAGACGGAGAGUCAUCACCUGAUGUUGUGCUGCUCAACCGCUGGAGUGUGAGGAACUAUCAAGUACAGCGAGGGGACAUCGUGUCAGUUCUGAGCCCAAAGGACCCUCAGCAGAAGAUCAUCAAACGGGUCAUUGGGAUCGAGGGUGACUUCAUCAAAACGCUGGGAUAUAAAAACCGUUAUGUAAGAGUUCCAGAUGGACAUCUGUGGAUCGAGGGGGACCAUCACGGACACAGCUUCGACAGCAACACAUUUGGAGCGAUGACCGAUGGAAACUGUCUUUCAGGCUGCAGUUUCAAAGGAUCUUUUCUGGAAGUCACCACCAUAGGCAGAUUUAGCCACAAAUAGAUGUGGUUAUAAAAAAUUCAACAAACGCCGCCAAAGAUUGCCGCUUUCUGGGGACUUUGUUAACAGCCUUGAUGUGCUCGAAUGCCCCCGCCUGUAAUGUAUAGAGAUUGAGGUAUUAUUGGCUCUUUGAAGAAGUUUCUUUGCUGCACAGCUUCUCAGAUACAUUAUUAAACAGAGCAGUGAUUCUUUCUCCCGUCUCAGCUCAGACUGUGACAUGACUCGCUACAAUCAUUCACAAUACGUCAAGAUCUUUUGCUCAGAUUCAUCCUUGAAAUGUUGGGAUUUGCUUACUUGAAUUGAGAAAGUAAAACAAAUUGUUCUGUCCAUUUAGUCAAUGACUCAGCACAACUCUGUUGCGUUCCUUCAGUUUUGAUGGUUUUGCACCGGCUGAGGUUUUCGAGUGUUUGUCCUCAGGUGGAUUUUUUAUGAUGUUUCUUGUCAGAAAGCAAAUGAAUAUGUUUCUCACUGAACCACAUACUUCCUAAAUCUCUUUUAUUAUUGUUUCACAUCCAUUACCAAAAACGCUUUUGGUUUUCCCCAGAGACCAGGCCAGAACAUAUAAGUGUGAGAUACUUUUGGUGAAAAACCAUCAGGUCAUAUAUCACUAAGCAAAUAUUCUCGCUGGAUGUUUCAGGCAAUUACUUUCACUUUUGUCGGUACAGACUGCACCGUUACCUUGACUUGAUGUAUUAUGCAGUACGAUGUGUCU